AUGGAAGAAUGUCCACAAAAGUAUUCUUUUGCAAGUGAUGCACUUCAGAGUUCAAUUCAAGAUUUGUGUGCAGAAAUUGCUGCUGCUGAUUAUCCAAAUACCUGUAAAAAUGCAUUUAAGAGGUAUUCUGGAUUGGUUUAUCCACCUGAAAUUGCUGUUAGAGAAGAGGUUAGAUCCAUUCACAACUUCACCGCGACCGCUAACACAAUCAAGGAAGCAGCAUUGAGAGAAGAAUAUCUACAGGGGAACCAUAAUUUUCUAUGGCAGAUGGAGAUCGCUGCAUCAACCAAAAGUGCAAGAGUCCAUAGGCCUUCCAUGGCAUUGGUGCAUUAG